UUAUAAUUUUGGCGGCGCGGAUGCAAAAAGUGUUUAACUUUUUGCAUUUUUCUCAGUCGACCAAAGUUUUUCUUGUUCGUUUAUAUCUUUUUAAAGAAAUCGGAACGUUUGGAUAAUAUUCCGGUACAAACAGUUCGGUUAACUUACUCAGGAAUCAACAGGUGGGAUUUCGUUGAGAUACCCCUGUUCCCCCUUUGUCACAUUCUGACUAAAGUUGGAUUCCAACAAAAAAGUCCGUUUUUCUGUGUUAGUGUCGUCCCCCGAUAUGGAUCACGAUGAUGACGAGGGAGUCGGUUUCAUCAGGCCCAGCCACUACCUCAAGAGUCCUACCAUAGCUGAACAACAGGCGAUGGCUUUGCUCCAGAUUCCUAAGAAAACUGACAGAGAAGGAAGCAUUUCUUCCAAUGUUAGUGAUAUGGAUAUUCCCAUCUAUUCCACCGAACAAUUGACAACUUCGUUGAAGAGGGAACCCCAUGGGUCUUUUAACUGGAAAUUGGGGUUAGCCAUUUACGCAGGUGCUUUUGGCUCUUCAUUUCAACAUGGUUACAACACUGGAGUACUUAACAAUCCUCAAGCGGUCAUUGAAAAUUGGAUCAAGGAAUCAAUGCAUAAUCGAACUGGAGAAAUCCCGACUCAAGAAAACGUCACUUUCGUAUUUUCUUUGAUGACUGCUGUCUUCUGUAUUGGUGGAAUGAUUGGGGGCUCUACAACUGGUAUGAUCGCCGACAGAUUUGGUCGCAAAGGAGGCUUAUUACUCAACAACAUCCUAGUAUUUUUAGCCAUUAUCUGCGAAGGUUGCUCCAAGUCGAUCUCCUCAUAUGAACUGAUCAUUCUUGGUCGUUUCUUCAUCGGUCUAAACUCUGGUUUAAAUGCUGGUUUAGCACCUAUGUAUCUAGCCGAAAUAUCGCCAAUAAAUCUCAGAGGAGCCGUUGGAACAGUAUACCAGUUGGUCAUCACCAUCUCCAUUCUCAUUGCACAAGUUCUUGGUUUGAAGGGUCUUUUGGGAACAGAUGAUCACUGGGUUACUUUGUUGAUGAUGACCGUUGUUCCAGCUAUUUUGCAGUUAAUCACUCUUCCAUUCUGUCCUGAGUCACCCAAGUUCCUUCUUCUGGGCAAAGGAAACGAGCAUGCUGCCACAAGAGCUCUAACUUGGUUGAGAGGUACUUUCUCAGUUCACGAAGAGAUGGAUGUAAUGAAAGCCGAAUACGAAGCUGUCAAAAUGAUUCCAAAAGUUACUGUAAGAGAGCUUGUUACAAACAGUACAUUAAGGAUUCCUCUGAUUAUUUCUUUGACCGUUAUGAUCGCCCAACAACUGUCUGGUAUUAAUGCGGUGAUGUUCUUCUCAAGUACAAUCUUCGUCAUGGCUGGUCUUAAAGGGGAUAAUCCAACUUACGCAACAUUAGCUAUGGGAGGUGUUAACGUAUUUAUGACCAUCAUCUCACUCUUCUUGGUAGAAAGGGCUGGAAGAAAAACGUUGCUGAUGGUUGGUUUUGCCGGUAUGGCGAUCGAUACCCUGUGUCUCGCAAUUGGCAUGCAAUUUGUGAGCUAUAGUUCAACUGCUGGCAUCUUCUGUGUUCUUUUCGUCUUGAUUUUCGUAGUAAUGUUCGCCAUUGGACCUGGAUCAAUCCCAUGGUUCUUAGUUUCUGAAUUGUUCAAUCAAUCUGCUCGGCCCACAGCUACCUCCUUGGCCGUUUGCAUCAAUUGGACUGCUAACUUCAUCGUUGGUUUGGCAUUCUUGCCACUUGCGAACUUAUUGGGUUCCUACGUUUUCGUAAUCUUCUUCCUUCUCCAAGCGCUGUUCCUGCUCUUCAUCUACAAAAAGGUUCCAGAAACGAAGAACAAGUCUCUAGAAGAAAUUUCAGCCAUGUUCAGGCAACAAUCUUAUCAGUAGAUCAUACAGCUUGUAUGAUACUGUGUAAUCUGUGUAUAGUUGAACUAUUUGAUUUACUGGAAAGCGUGUUUGACAUUGGAAACUCCGAUUUGGUUGUGCAGAAGAUCUGGAAGUUUGUCAAAAAAAGAUAAGUUCUUAAGAUCCACUUAUUGACACUUAUUAUCAAUUUUCUUAUUUAUAAACUUCCAUAUGCUUCCAGAUUGUAGUCAGUUUUGCUUUUAAUGUUUAAAAAACAUUUUUUGCUCUUCUGCAAUUAAAAUGACUCUUUAGUUUCAACUAAAAUUAUUUUCUAUCGCUGUUAUUUACAUAACAAGCACGAGGAUCCUAUAUUAAAGAAUUACAUAUUAUAUCAAGUAAUAUAUAUGUUUUACUAAGCGAAGGCACAAAUUAGCGCCCAUUCUUAGGCUAGUAGUUCAAGGACCUAACUACAACUUUAUUUAAAAAUGCUCUCUAUAAGCUGGAAGCUCUCUAUAAACCCUUUCUUAGGUAAAUUGUAAUGCUCAACUAUAUUUCUGUAAUAAAAAUCUCAUUAUUUGUAUAUAAAAUGUGAAAUUGUGACUGAAAAACAAAGUAUAUUAAACAAAUAAGAGGAAGCUUGUAGCAACUACCGGAAGUAUUUUUGUAGAUAAUUUUUGAUAGUUUAAAAGACUGCUUAACCAAAAUAGUUGUUUAUAGUUAGGUUAGUUUAUAGUUUUUAAGUAGUUUUCAGAAAUAAAUUAAAUAAAGGGGGAAAUAAAACAUCAUACGAUAAUUGUUUGACGUUACUACCGUCCUAAAGUUUUGGAUAAUUUUGUCAAAUGAACCAAUUGGUUCCCUCUUACGUUUAAAUUAUUACUACGUCGUUUGGAAGAACAAAUUGCUUUUUGAAAUUGCUCUGCUGAGGCUUAAAUGCUGUUUCAGACAGCCAGUAGGAUCACAGGGUAUAAUAAUAUUUAUAUUUGUCAGUUAGGCUGUGCAUAAUGAGCAUGUAUAGAAAUCGUUAGUUACUUAAAGAUCACCAAUUAGCGAUAGCAUCGCUGGUUGUGUGUUUUUAUCGUUGCUAUAAAGCCAUCCCUCUAUUUUGUUUAAUGGUUGUUGUUAUCGUUAACUUAGGUGGAUAUUUUAAGGAGAACGUAGCUGUUUCCUGGAUUUAUCAGAUGCUCAUUAGGUUUUAGUGUAUUAUGUAUUUAUCAGAGUGAAAGGCAGCUUUUGAUAUAUGUGUUAGAUGUGUACGAUAAUGUUUUGAUUGCAACGUAGAUUCUAGUUCAGCGACUUUAGUUUAACACAGAGACUUGUGAAUAUUUGUCAACAUCAUUGGAAGGAGUACAUGCAGUAGAUAUAACGUUUCCUUUAAGUACUCCAGAAUAUAUGAAGCAUGAAUAAGUGUUUGUUUUGGGCUUUGCGAUAUACAAAGAAUACCAUCGAUCUUUUAGCUUUGGAACUUUUACGAUAGGUACACAAUUGGAACACAUUGAGUCGACUUGAAUGCUUUUGAGUAAUUUAAAAGUCAGCUGAAUGACUUUUGUUACAAAGACACGCCUGAUAAAAACAUUUUGACAAGUUGUUGUGAAAGCGAUUUAGAUGUGGUGAAGAAUAUAUCAUAUAGCUCAUUAAACAGGCUCAUUAAACAACAAGGGUACAAAAAUGAUAUCUCUAUAGAUACGACCUUCAAAACCCCUUCAAAACAGUAUGUGACAAUAGUCUUUGAAUUGGAAUAAAGAUGUUUCUUUGUGUUAAUCUGAUUGUCGUGUUAUUUCAAAAGACAAUUAACUUUUAUGUACGUACGUUUUCCUAAUUUAAUUCCAUUGAAUUUGAAAUUUGCAAAUUCAUUUGUAGGAAUGACGUAGCGAGUUGUCAUUUGAAUUUGAGAUGUUUCCUGUUUUACAUACAAGCAGCAAUAAUAAGUUUAAAGGCUUGUAUAUCCACUGACAGAAAUAGACCAUGUUUUCAAAUGGUAAUUAUUGUUACUAUGGGUACACAAGUCAAAAUUUGUCUAGAUUUAGAAGUUUUUCUCAAAUUCUGAAUGACUAUUUUCGUAGACUGUUUUUAAAAUACUCUUUGAACAGAAUUUUUCCAACAGUCCAAUUUUGUAGUAUAUUGGUUUGAAAGUAUGGUUUUCUUUAUCUUCCGGGAAAGGUCUCUGUAAACAACUUUCUUUCAAUACGAUCAGUUUUGUUUCUAUUUGCUAUUAUACGUUAGUCAUAAAAUGCAAAUAGUUCUAGAGAUGAAAUAAUAACACUCCAGUCUCCUAGUCCGAAGAUUGAUAAUUCGAUCCUCAGUCAUAUAGUUUUUUUUUAUUAUCUUAUACAAAAUUUUUUUCCUACCGAUAUGCUACAAUUUGACAAGAAAACAAAAGAAUCUCAUUUUGAAAAUACAUUUUUCAACAUAUUUAAAUGCGAACAUAUCACCUUUUAUAAAUAUUUUUAUUUUUAUCAAAAAUAUAAUGACGUACUGAUUUAAAAAUAUAAAAACAAAGCUUAUACGAAACAUGUAUUUUCAACGAAGUUGUGUGUUUUGUUUUUGUUUCUUCUGUUUGUCCUUUAUUUAUUUAUUUAAUGUAUUAUAAUCCUUUUGCAAAUAUUAAUUGGGUUAGACACUGUUCAUCGAAAAAAUGUGACCUCAAGUAUUUGUUCAUUAAUAAACAAUUUCAAUAUAUUCUUUAAAUAAUUAAAAGGAAUAAAAAAAUAUGAAUACUAUUUAUACAACUUUAAUAUUGUAUAAAAAAGAAAACAUUACAUUUUCUCUACGACCAACGACUUUAUAACAAAUACUUAUAAAAGCUGUAUUUUUAACUACUUCUUAAGGAAUAAAAAAAGUCUUUCUAUUUUUAAUAUUAAAUCACAAAAAUAGUAGGUACAAUUGAUACACCUAGAUCAUAUUAAAAUAGAAACCACUAUAUUUUUUCUACGACCUUUGCAGUUUUAUACGAAUGAACCUUUUUUCGAUGAACAACCUUAACCUGAUUUUGUUUUUAAUAAAAGGGGAGCAUCUGUUGUACAGAUCUAGCAAACGAGUCAUAGUUAGAAUAUAUUAUUUAUUUAAAAAUUACAUGUUUUAUUUUUGUCGACUUAGUUUGUAAAAGCGUUGUAAAUAAUUUUCCCAUGUGUAUAGAUUUUUUUUGUGUUAAAAUAAUGUAGAUCAUUAUUUUUGUAUUCAGUGAAUGACAAAAGCAACAACAAUGACACUGUAAAUAUUUUUUGACACCGUUUUUUAUUACAAUAUUUAGACAUUUUUUACUAACAAUGACAUUUUAGGUUUUAACCAAGUUUUACGAUAUUUCUAGUGUUAUUGUUGAUUUUGUUGUAUUUGAAAACUUGUAUAUUAUUUAUGCUCUUCAGUAUGUUUUUUACGAUUCAUGCAAGCAAUUGUUUUACUAGUCAAAAAUGUAGAAUACGAAUUCAAUAAUACGUGGCAAAUAAUAAUUUCUUGCUAUUUUAGUAAAAUGUAGAACUGUUUUGAAAAAAUAGAAAAUAAAUAUUUAUUUAAUAAAAAAAGAUUUUCAU